AUGGAGGUUGCUUUGGCAGCAUCCUUUGUUGAUGCUGAUGUUGACUGCUGGGACCUUCGGUGGGGGGCAGAGCAACUGCGCUAUAAAACUUGUGCUUCCACCCCUCAUGGCCUCGUCAGUGUGGGCAGUCGCUUCCUUGCAUCUUCCCAGAUCCGAGAUUCCUCAGCCAAUGCUGGUCUGGUUCUCUACUGGUCCUGGUCCAAGCCUCAAGUAGAAGCCAAGAGCUUUCCAGCUGAGCCGAUCAGGCCUCUUGCUGCUAAUCACCCAGGCACUUAUGUAGCCGGUGGAGGUUUAUCGGGUGACAUAUACUUUUGGGAGGUUGAAACUGGCAGAUUGCUUAAGAAGUGGCAUGCUCAUUAUAGGGCUGUAACUUGCCUAGUAUUUUCUGAGGAUGACUCACUACUGAUAUCUGGUUCAGAAGAUGGAUGCAUACGAGUUUGGUCCUUGUUCGUGAUAUUUGAUGAUUUGAAAAGGCAGGAAGCAGGUCAUCUUUAUGAGCAUAGUUUUUCAGAGCACACCUUAUCAGUAACUGACAUUGUAAUUGGCUAUGGAGGAUGUAAUGCAAUUAUAAUUUCUGCUGCAGAGGAUAGGACCUGUAAGGUUUGGAGCUUAUCUAGAGGAACACUGCUAAGAAAUAUAGUAUUCCCGUCAAUAAUUGAUGCGAUUGCACUGGAUCCUGCUGAACAUGUCUUUUAUGCUGGCAGUAGACAUGGAAAAAUAUUUAUUGCCGCACUUAACGCUGAAAAGAUCCGUAGUCAUAAUCAUGAGAUGCAUAUCAUCGGUUCAUUCUCUAAUCACAGCAAAGCAGUUACUUGCUUAACAUAUAGUGCAAGUGAGAAUUUGUUAAUCUCUGGAUCAGAAGAUGGAAUGAUUCGGAUUUGGAAUGCAAAAACUCGUAAUUUUGUCCGCAUGUUCAAGCACGCAAAAGGGCCUGUAAAUAAUAUUCUCGUUGUUAGAAAACAGCUUGACUCAAGCAAGCGUACUUCAACUUCACAAUCGUGCUCAAGAAAGCAGGGAUCUUUAUUACCCCCUCCAUUGGAAAAAUACUCAAAUUCAACAACAAAUGAAGCUUCAGAUGUUGAGAUGGUUGUUAGCCUUCACGAUGACAGGAUCGGUUUGGAUGUUUCAUACAUGUCUUGUCGGGCGAUACUUAAUCAAACCAAGGAAUUUCAGAACCAGGGCUCCUCUGCCUCUGAAAUGGCGAUGGAGAGGCUAAAAGCAGAUUGCAAGAGAUCUGCCCAGAUGGUUGACCGAUUUAAGAAAAUGUGUGAAGAUUUGCAAGAAUUCUAUGAGGAUGACUUCUUGAAAAGUGGUCAAACAAAAACUUAA